AUGGAGCCUGCAGGAGCUCUGCCGCUGCUAUCACAGACACUGCAGCACCUGGAGCUUCUAAACCCCGCUGAGGAGAGCCAUCGUCCAACUGUGGACUCCUCCUGCUCACUGACCCCGCCCCACCGCCACAUCACUGAGGGCUGUCCUGCCAACGGAGACGCGCCUCCCGGAACCCUCCUCCCUCCUCUACGCUCGUUACGCACCGUGUCUCGCGGUCUCGGUCUCGGCUCCAGAGCAGCUCCGUGCGCGCGCUCCGCUGACGUCCGUGUGUCCGCCGUCCACCUGGCGCGUCCCCGUCUCCACAACAGCGCGUCUCUGGCUCACGCUCAGACCCGAAAGAAGACGCGACAGUGCAGGACACGUAUUUGCCUCCGGUCCCUGGUUCUGCCUGAGCGGCUGUGGUCCACUAUGCUUGUCCACCUUCGCCUCUGA